ACACCUUCUCCGGGGUCAAAUUUCUUUUGGCAAAUCAGAGCAGCCUCUCCGGGAAUCCAUCGCAAAAAAGAAACACAAGUGGAGCCUCGAACAGCGCCGAGAUCCGUCUCUGGAUUUAUAAAGUUUUUGCGGCCUGUUUCUCCCCGGCUGAAGUCGCUUUCACGCUGAUGACGAUGUUAAUGUUGGUGGCUUUGGUCGGCACGAGAGGUUAAAGCAUUGAAGGAAAUACAUGUUUGAGUGUUGAAUGAUCUCGGUUGGCUGCAGAUCCCCGAGCAGAGAGCGUUUUGGGGCGGCAGCAGAGGCAGACCGAGAGCGAAGGAAAACACGGAAACGAACAGAUUUGUCACGCAGCUCAACAUGAACCUGAUCGGGGGCUACCAGCAUCAUCACCACCUGAUGCACGAGCCCUUCCCGUUCGUCCAGCGGUGUCACCAGGACGCACCCUACUUCCAGAGCUGGGUGGUGAACCACGGAGAGGUGCCGCCGGACUUCCAGAUCCAGGCGCCCUACCAGGCCGCGGAGCUCGGACCGCCCGGAGCGACGCACGACGCCCGGCUGGAGGGCGCGCAGGCCGGGAUGGGGAAGAGGAGAACGUCGGGGCCGAAGAAGGAGCGCCGGAGGACGGAGAGCAUCAACACAGCGUUCGCCGAGCUGCGGGAGUGCAUCCCCAACGUCCCCGCGGACACCAAACUGUCGAAAAUUAAAACUUUACGCCUGGCGACCAGUUACAUCGCCUACCUGAUGGACGUGCUGGCCAAAGACUCCGGGGAGACGGAGGGCUUCAAGGCCGAGAUUAAGAAAUUUGAAAACAGGGAUCUGAAACGGAAACGGGAGCCGGCUGACGGGCUGCAGGAGACGUUAGGAGCCGAGAAGAAAGUGAAGGGCCGGACCGGGUGGCCGCAGCAGGUCUGGGCUCUGGAGCUCAACCAGUGACCCCCCCCCCCCCCCCCCCCCCCUCCUCCUCCUACUAGACUCAUAUCAGAUAAAAAACCACUGACUGACUGAACCCAAACACACCGCUGUGCACAAAAAGGGAGCGAAUGAAAGGACAACAUGAAGACAAGGUGAACGCAGGAGGACAACAACAUCACGAACUCUUUGUUGAUCUUCUUUCCUCCUCGUGAGGCUUCAAACAGCUCGCGCAGAUCUGCCUGUAUGUGUGUUUGAUAUUCGUGGUAUUCAUGCGCCCCUCGGUACUGUACACCAGAUGUUUCCACGGUGCAAAAACACAUCUGUCUCCUCUAAAAAAAAAAAAAAAAAAGUGUUUUAUCUGGCGUCGAAAGGCCUUGUUUUCAGAGCUUGAUGGAGCAGAAAAUUGAUAAACUAUCAAACUAAACGUGGAGUGAAAUUAGAGCAGGGUGUUUUGACUCUUUAAUGUUGGAACAGAAAAACUGGGAGAGCAGAUUAUUAAAGACAUGAUACUAAAAUAAGAUGAAUACAGUGAUUUAUUGAUUUAAAGUUUAAUCCACUGAUUCGUUGCAGCUUUGACGCCAAAUCAUCUUAAAGAUAUCUUUUUUUAAUCAGUCGUGUUUCCUGCAGAGGCUUCCUGGGAAAUGCAGUUUUUUUUGUUGGAGGAAAUCUUUGUUUUUGGCAGAAACUAUUUUAUGUUUUAUUAUUUGAUUUGAUUACUUUCCUCAUGUAGGUUACAGCCUUU